AUGGCUGUUCCCAACCACCUCGACCCUGACCGUCGCGAGAUCAGACUGGUCCGCCUCCGGCAGCCUCGUGCGCCUUCCGCCCUCUCACUUGAGCUCCGUACGGUGUCGUUGGACGACGAGGAAGCCUCCUACAGCGCGCUCUCAUAUGUCUGGGGCAGCUCAUCUGGACCGCAGCAGAUCGAGAUCAACGGCCAGCCGUUUCAUGUCACGCAAAACCUGCACCAUGCUCUGCAACAGCUAGAGAGGGACAGCGUCAGCUCGUGGCUUUGGAUCGACGCCAUAUGCAUCGCGCAGUCCGACCUUGAAGAGAAGACCCAUCAGGUCGGCAUGAUGCGCGACAUCUUUAGCAAUGCAGCGAUGGUGUACAUCUGGCUCGGACCCGGCACCGAGGAGACGGACCAGGCAAUGAACCUCAUUUUCAAAUACGGUCCCCGACUUCAUGCCUCUGGUGCGCUUGAGAUGCCCUUCAAUAAUGGGGAGAUAAUUAGUCUGCGCAACGGUGUCAUGGGUCGGCUGGAUCCGGCGUGGCAAGCUAAGUACGGCGCCUUCGGAAUGGGCCCGGCGAGAAAAUUAGCCGCCACCGCCGUGGACUUGUUCACGGAGUAUCACGAAAACGAUAAAGUUCUCAUUCCAGGUUUAUCUGACGUUCUGCAUCGAAGUUAUUGGUGCAGGAUCUGGAUCAUACAAGAAGUCGCACUCGCGCGGGAGGCGGUGGUGAUGGUAGGCGGCAGGAGAGUCUCGCUAGAUGCGUUCGAGGCGGCAGUAGUGACCAUGUGGUACGGUGGGAACGUUGGCGCCCUGAGACUCGAGUUGACAUUACAUCGUAUCAAAGCACUCCAAGUCCGAAGGCUUCGUCGAGGCCGCCGUGAGCCUCUGCUGAGACGUGUGUUAUGGGAGACAGGCGCCGCGCCGGGUCGACCCUUCUACGCUGCGUCUGACCCGCGCGAUCUCCUCAUUGGUCUUCUCGGGGUCCUAGACGAAGAGGAAAAGCACGGCAUGGAACCAGACUACACGCAGUCGUUCGGGAAAACUUUUACGCAGGCGACAAGGGCCAUGUUGGAAAGCUCUGGUGAACCGUAUUUUAAUGUCGACUCCGUGAAGCCUGGAGAACUGGAAGGGGAGCUGCCCACGUGGGUUCCCGAUUUCCGCGAGAUCGGCCGUUCUGGCGUUAGGCCAUACCCAAUCAACUACGUUGAGAAGUAUUUCUCCGCUGCCCGAGGAAAAUCCCAGCCUGAAAGAGACGUGUUUCCGGGCUUCCGAGAGGGCAGCGCGCUCCAUCGCCGGGGGUGUAUAGUUGAUGAGGUUACCGAAGUGCUCCAGUGGCUGAGAACGGCUCCAAGACCGACCAGAAUUAAAGAGCCGGAGCGGUGGGCAAAUUUCGUUGUUGAUUUUGUUGGUUUGGGACCGGAAUCUGGCCCAGGGGAGGAUUACGUCUGGAGGACCGUCCUUCAUGGGUACGCGGGACUGUUCCAAUUCUGCUGGAAGAGGUACAAUGACGGCAAGAUGCACGAUGUACCCCGAGUGCUUCGCAAAGUCAUGCGAAAAGAGCCUGUUGACGUGGAGGGCUUGUCGCAAGAGGCUCUCACCGUUCUCCGCCACGAGGGGAUGUGGGAUGGCAAAGCGCUGAGGAGCAUCGAGCCUGUGAAGGCUGAGGAGAGAGAACUUCUUGCGGACGAACUUCGGAGUACGGUGUAUUUUAGCGUUAGCCGUGAUUCUCGAACACUGUUCAAGACGAGAAAAGGCAUGUUUGGGCUCGGUCAUAUCGGGAUCGCGCCAGGGGAUAUGGUAACCCUGGUGUGGGGAGUUGGAUCACCGAUCGUCCUACGACCUCGAGCUGAAGGAGUAUACUACUUCAAAGGCGAUUCCUAUGUCGAUGGCAUCAUGCAAGGGGAGUUUCUCAAAACGCAGCCUCGGGAGCAAGAGCUGAUCAUUCACUGA